AUGACAGACCCCGAAUACCGCCUCUUCCAAACCCUCCCCUCCGUCAACUCCUCUGCCACCUCCAAUCGCAGAGACGCAGGACAAGCCGGUGACAAUGACGCUGACAUCUACGACUAUACCGAUAUCAUCACCGACACAUCCACAUCCACAGCCGACCGUACCGUCAACGAAGGCUUGGUUACGGAAUCUAUUGCGUCCGACAAUGGCGAAGGCACCACCGUUUAUGACCCUGACAUCUUUGUACAAUCGCAAAAAUCAUGA